GUUACAACAGGAAAGAAGUUUGUGAACGAUUUCUCCCAUCAAAUUCAGAAACAUCUCUGUUUGUUGAUCUUUAUAAAAAAAAGCUGUACUGCAUUUGUGAAAAGAUGACCAACGCACAAAUGGAAACAUUUUUGGGACACGUGCAAAAAGACUUUAACACCAAAAAGUUAAAAUACAUGAAUUUUCCAGUACCAUACAUGGAAAUGUAUCUGUUACAUUGGAUAUCGUCUAAAUAUAUAUCACCUACCGAUCUUAGUAAUUUAACCAAGGUGUUUAAAGUGAUGGAAAUGUAUGAUGCAUGUGAGAGUCUAAAAAUCAAACUACCAUCUCCAGCUGAUGUAAGUGACAGAUACAACAAUAACAAAGACGAACCUUAUUCGAGCAUAAGUUCUGCAACAUCGUCUGCUUCGUUCUACCAAGAUCGCACAUGGAGUUCUAAUUAUGAAAAUAAUCGUUAUUUUAUUGACUCAAGAUGGCCGGGGAUAUGUCUGAUCAUUAAUCAAGAAUCUUUCUACACUGAACCAGACCCGUCACUUGCUCAUCUUUUACCUAAUGUAUCCCUUCAGUUGGAUAGAAGGGAAGGUACUAUAUUCGAUCGUGAGGAAUUAAGGAAAACGUUUGAACAAUUGGGUUACACAGUUGAAAUUGAAAAUAACUUAACCCAUGAUGAAAUUUUAAGGGCCAUUACUGAUACUGCAAAUAAAAUUAGGAAGCACUCUAGUCUAAUUAUAUGUAUUUUAUCGCAUGGACUUGAAGGAAGAGUCUUUGGUGUCAAUAGUAUUUCCGUUAAUAUAUCCCAAAUACGUGACACUGUCUGUUCGGUAAAUACUACUCAUCUGAGAAAUAAACCUAAAAUAUUGAUUUUACAAUCGUGUCAAGGAACGGAAUGUCAAACAGUAUCCGAUGACGAAGACGAUGACAAUCCUGUUGGAACACCUAACAAAACAGUUUUAAAUUCAUUUAAUAAUCAGCAUAAAGAAUCAAAUGUCCAAACCGACAGCGAGAGUAAUUUACAAAUGGAUGGAGGUUCACGGCCAAAACUUGCAGAUGUUCUGCUGUUUUGGGCUACUGUACCUGGGUUUGGUGCUGUACGUGAUAAAGCAAAAGGAUCAUGGUUUAUUCAGUCGUUAUGCAAGCACAUUCAAGAGAAGGCUCUUGAAAUGCAUUUUGAGGAUAUUUGCACACUAGUAAAACAAGAGGUGAUCGACAAAAGAUGGAAGACAAAGAAAAUGUCUCGAGCUAUGGUCCCAAACAAAGAAUCGACCCUUUCACGAUUUUUCUUUUUACACUCUUAGUGCUCCUCAAAUAUAAAGUUCAUUUGCACGAAACGAAAAGCUAAUAAGUACUUAUAAAGUAUAUUCAUUCAUAAGUUCCAUUCCAUAGUCUAACCAUGUCUGCUAAUCAGCAUGAAACUUGAAAUAACUAUCUGUGAUGUCACUUGUGAGAUAGAUUUCAUAAAUAAUAGAUAUAGGUACCUAAUUAUGUAUUAAUGUGCAUUAAUGUGUUAACUAUCUAGAAAGAACCUUCCAAAAUGAAUCACAAAAUUGUUACUUUUUGAGUAAAUGACUACCAAAUAAAUUUUCAAUGAGGAAGCAAGCCGAAAUAUGCAAUAACUUUGUUUUAUGUAGUAUUUUUCAUUUUAAUAAAAAAACAGAACAUUUUAUGUU